UUCAGUUCUGCGGCGACCAUCGAAUGGUCAAGUUCGGCGUUUCCUUUGUCCCCAGUGCGAAGUGUUUUGGGCUGCGAAAGUGUUUUGUUUCAGUGUGACUAAGCUGAAAUUCCGACUUCGGGAUAGACUGUAAAAAUAACUUGUUAAUUAGGCCCCAGUGAUACUCUAAAGAUGGCCAAGAUAAACCUAUUAAGACACCUUGUCUUAGCCCUGAUGCUCUAUAGUGUGGCCACGGCCAAGGAACAUCUGCGUAUCCGAAGGCAAGCUGUGGAAUCGGUGACUGUCGCACUUCCGAAUGCUAGUAAAGUUAUUGCCUCCGAAGAGAUUGAGACCCAAACGGAAAUCCCCAAUUCGAAGGCAAAGCCAACCGAAAUCAAUAAGACUGAGAAACCCAUUGAGACAGUUGAGACCCGCAACUCGGCUUUUGAUUUGCCGGCCAGUUCUGAUUCAUCCAGCCCCUUGGGUUCCGAGGAGGAUAAUAUCUACUAUGACAAUGCGCCAAUAGAUUGCAAUCCCGAUCUUGUGGGCUUUGAAAUUGUGACAGGAUAUGUCUUCUCGGCUCCCGAGAAACUGAUGGACUCCCAGCCGGGCACUCUAAUGCUCACUGAUUGCCUAGACACCUGUAGGAAGAAUAAAACUUGCCAGUCAGUCAACUAUGAGACCGGGCUUUGCGUGCUGUUUUCAGCACAUGCUGAUCAAUUACCGGGUGCCCUAACAAAGUCGCAGUUCCCCGUAUUCACUAUCUAUGCCCAAAAAUCAUGCCUCUCCGUAAAACCCUGUUCGCGAGCCUGGUAUGUCGAUCGUGUACAAAAUUAUAAGCUCAAGACGGAAGUUAAGCGUACCGUGUCGGUGGCGUCAAGACGCGAGUGCUUUGAACUUUGCCUAAGCGAAACCGAAUUCACAUGCAGAUCUGCCAACUAUGAUCGUGUGUCUGGAGCUUGCGAGCUAAGUGAGUUGGAUCGUUUAACAUUAGCCGGCUCCAAUGCCUUCCAGACAAACGAAGGGUCCGACUACCUUGAGAAUCACUGUGUCGAUGAACCCAACAAGCUGUGCGAAUUCAAACGUCUUCGUGGUCGCAUUUUAAAGACGGUUGAUUCUGUUUACCAAGAAGUCAGCAGUAUUGAUGAGUGCCGCGAGCUGUGUCUCAAUUCGCCUUAUAGGUGCCACUCGUAUGACUACAAUGACACUGGAGAUAUGGUUUGUAGAUUGUCUCACCACAGUCGUGCCACUUUGGCCGAUGUGCAGGAACCCUUCCUGGAAGUUCCCGAGGCCUCGACCUAUGAACUGAGUUCCUGUUACAACGUCACCAUUGAGUGCGGCGGGGGAGAUAUGCUGGCACGCAUUCGCACCUCCAAACUGUUCAGUGGAAAGGUGUACGCCAAGGGAUCUCCCAAAUCCUGCUCAGUGGAUGUUAAAAGUGCCCUGGACUUCGAGCUGCGCAUGAACUAUCACGAUCUGGAGUGCAAUGUGCGACAGAGCACUGCCGGUCGUUAUGUGAAUGACAUAAUUAUCCAGCACCAUGACAUGAUUGUGACAUCCUCCGAUUUGGGCUUGGCCUUGGCCUGUCAGUACGAUCUGACCAACAAGUCGGUUAGCAAUGGCGUAGACUUGGAUGUGCGUGGGGACAUCAUGCCGGCACUUUCUGAGGAGGUAAUUGUGGAAUCACCUAAUGUUAUCAUGCGGAUUACCUCCCGGGAUGGUUCGGAUAUGAUGCGCUCUGCCGAGGUUGGCGACCCGCUGGCUUUGAAGUUCGAGAUUGUCGACGAACAGAGUCCCUACGAGAUUUUCAUUCGGGAGUUGGUUGCCAUGGAUGGCGUGGAUAACUCGGAAAUUACCUUAAUUGAUUCAAAUGGCUGCCCGACUGACCACUUUAUAAUGGGGCCAAUUUACAAGGGCUCGGUUUCCGGCAAGGUGCUGCUCUCCAACUUCGAUGCCUUCAAGUUCCCAUCGAGUGAGGUGGUUCAGUUCAGAGCUUUGGUAACGCCAUGCAUGCCAAGUUGCGAGCCCGUCCAGUGCGAACAGGAGGAUACUAGUGGUGAAUUCAGGUCACUGUUGUCCUAUGGCCGAAAACGCAGAUCGCUUAACUCCACAGAUGAUCAUCCCAGACCACGUCGCGACAUCGACACUUCAAAGAAAUCCGCGCCUAGCGACAUGCUGCUGGUUCAAUCUAUUCAGAUAACAGACAAAUUCGGAUUCAAGCAAGAUAAGCAAGAAAGCGGGGAUUAUUAUGAUGGAAAUGAAACCACAUUUACGGCCAACGAAGAGGGGCAUGGAUUUUGUGUUAAUGCUAUUGGUCUUAUUACAGCUGCCACCAUUUUCUUGCUAACUCAGUUGGCAGUGAUCGCGAUCUGGACUUACUGCUACCAACGUCGUCAGAAACUCCAGCCGUAUCAGCAUUCUUACUAAGCAGAAUCGCAAUAUUCUUUUACAUUAACAUUAACGUCUAAGCUUCAAAAGGUGCAAUCAAUAUUUACGCAACGUUAUGCUAAUUAACUGCUACGAAUACCCGUCGUCCUGAUACAACAUCCGCUAUUUGCCUUAUCUAGUCAGUGCACGAUUUUAGAGAAAAUGAAAUUUAUGUGUCUUGUUCGGUGGAAUUCAGAUUGUUUGCAUUGCAGCCAUGGCGUUUUGAAACACUCGUGUUAGGUUUGUGUAUUCUUCUAACAGAUUCCCUACUUGUAAAGGAAGUUCGACACCUGCCUUGAACUUCUUUUGUGACUUCGGAAGUUGAAUGGUUGACAUUUGUAAAAACUAAUACAUAUUACAUUUACUUUCUCGAAUUAACACCUUAUCAUCUGUAUCGAAUGCUACUUAGUUAAGUUAAGCACUAUAAUUUAUUACAUAUCAAUGACAGUUUAAUGUUUGCAUUGGACCCCUUUAAUUUUAUGAAACGAAACUCAUCUUAUUAUUAUUAAACAUUAAGAUUUUUAAUGAA